GUCCCUGCGCUCUUGCAGAGGUCAAGACAAGAUGGCGCAUCUUUGGCGAGUUGGUAAAUGAAUAUUGUCAAUUAUGUGUUCGAUUGAUGCUCUAUACUAAUUAUAUUUACUUUUGAAAACUCCCUAAGUACGAAAGAUUACAACGCACAAUUCUUUGGCGAUCAGAACUAUUUCGAUGUCGUCCAAUAGACUUGCAUAUAGUAAGUACGAACUUUGAGCUUUAGGUAACUUCGAAAUAUCAUGCUCUUUUAAUUGUUAUUGAAAAAACGUUUGAAUGUGUUACAUUUGUGUUUUUGUAGAAUACAUAUCUAAGGAAUCUCAAGAUAUACCUAUGGAUUGGCAUAGUGCCACAGAAAGGAAUGCACAGUCGCUUUUCAUCACAGAGUUGCUUAGAGGUAAACAAAUUGAAUUAUUUCAGCGUUUGAUUUAAGUAUAAACUUAGCACCCAACGUUCUGUUUCCGAGGCACGUUCAAAGGAGGGGCCCAAUGGGUUCAGAGGGCUUAAGCUCCAAGAUACCCCAUUCACACCCAAUUUAUUUGAUGAGUACACCCCUCCCCCCCCCACCCUCCUUCCCUUAAACUGUGGCCUCAACUCUACGCCAUAGGUUAAGUUUGCCUUAGUUGAUUAAUGCAGUGUUUUUUGACGUGUUGAGUAUGACAUUUACUAUGGGUUAGAUAUCAAUUGCAAUGAGUCAAUGCACAAAACAAGGGUUUCCCCUAACCUAUGUUGCAUAACUUGUUGCUAGUCAGCUUGUGAAACAGGGGCACCUACUGAAAAAAAGGGAAAAUCAACACGCUUAAAAAAAAAAACCCUUUUUAAAAUACACCUCAGUGGUUUACCUAUCACAUCAACUUCUAGUCACUGGUAAUUAUCAUUAGAGAGUUUCCAUUGGGUCCGGACACAGGGCGACAGUUUUUGUUAGACAUGAAGCUACCCAACAUGCUAUUUGCAGCCUUAAAUGACAACACCCCUUGAACAUAUGGAUAAGGUUAAUGGACAAUCAUCCGAACAUGGUUACAACUAACAUAUGAUUUUAUAACAAUCAUCUUUUUUUUUUCCCUUUCAAAGUGUAUUACAUAACAAUGGGAAUGUCACACAAUAUUUCUAUUUCAAGGUCUUCAAAUGACAUUGAGCAAGAUGUUCCAGGAGCCAGCAACAAUUAACUAUCCCUUUGAGAAAGGCCCAUUAAGUCCUCGGUUCAGAGGGGAGCAUGCCUUGAGGAGAUACCCAUCUGGAGAAGAGAGGUGCAUUGCUUGCAAGUUGUGUGAAGCUAUCUGCCCUGCACAGGUAAAUUUUAUGUGUUCAUUUGUUGGGAGAUGAACUUGUCACGAUAGAGUCACUUACAAUGUAGAUUGUGACAUUUCGACUGCAAUACUGCUAGUCUUCAUCAGGUGAUGAGGUCGAUUGUUUAUGUGUUGCUAUUUGUAGCAUGUUGGUAUGCUGCUAUUGAUGCAUUUUGAUCUUCAUUAUAAUUCUGGUUGUUAGAUAGUGUUCUCUCAGGUCCUCAUGAAUUGGCUGUUGUGUUAUUUGAUUGUGGGUAUUGAAGCUUUAGGAAUGUCGAUUCCGCUAUCCCUAUUGAUGUUGUUGGGACUAGGUCUUAAAUGGAUAGCCUCUUUGACCCUACAUGUGUACCGGUGGGGGUCAUGAUCAAUAAACUUGACCUUGCUCCAAAUAGGAAUAUGCCCAUUAUGUUAGCAUGCUCUGAAACCACAGAGGUCUGAGUAAGAGCAAACUGUAUGUCUCUGUCAUAUUCUUAUAUACUUUCUUGCAUUGAUCUCCCAGUUUCACCAAUAUACACUUUGCUGCAUUUGCAUGGGAUCUUGUAAAGGACACCAUCUUGUUUUGAUGGUUCCAGGGUGUCUUUAGGUCAUACUAAGUGAGACCUAAGUGUUGUGUCCAACUUGAAAAUGGUUCAUAUGCCUUGAUGUUGUGGGCAGCGGCAAAGAACCUCUGAUGCACCCUUAUAUAAGGGAGAACAGCAGUUGAUUUAAAUUCCUGCAUGGGUUCUUUGUUGGCUGUUUUUCUUUCAGAGCUGAAAAACAUCCUCAUCUUUCCUCUCAGUGUAACAUCUAAGCUUGACAGCCAGCCCCUGUGAGAGAAAUAAACCAACACCCCUAAUACAAGGAGUUUGUGGAGUCUCCUCUUUGGGAUGAACAAACAAAGACCAAACUUUAAAGAGUGGCAGAAACUGAGCCUAUUAGAUGUGACAAUUUAAGUUAUCUUGUCAGCUGUAUACCUAUAGAAAUUGAUAUUAAUGAUGCUGAUAAAAGAAGCUUGGAAUAUUAUGAGACUUUAAAAAGUAAAAAGCUUAUAGAUGUUCACAUUGAAAUCUAAAAUGUUUGCAAUUAGAAAGGGAAGUUUGAAAUAAAAACAACAACAAAACAGAGCAAAACAAAACUAAGUUUUGUCUACCAACUGAGCUAUAAAACCCAGGAAAUGGUAGUCACAUUUUUGUAGACAACUACAUUAUGUCUCUAUGACAAGAUAAAUUCUCAUCACCAACUUGACAAUCUCAAGUGUUAGUCAGUAAGCUGCAUAAUGUUUCUCAAGUUUAAUGUGUUGUUAUCUACAGGCAAUCACCAUAGAGGCAGAACCUAGAGCAGAUGAAAGUCGACGAACAACACGCUAUGAUAUUGACAUGACAAAAUGCAUCUACUGUGGCUUUUGUCAGGAAGCUUGUCCUGUAGAUGCAAUUGUGGAGGUAUAGAGAAUUGCAACACAUAAUGAUUUUGGGAUUAUUAAUGCAAUAUUUAAACUGAAAAACUGAAUUAAUUCUCAAAUGAUUACUGUUUUUCAUGGCAAUAUAUGGCCACAUCUUAUUUAGACAUUGGUUCUCAACAUUUAAAAAAAAAGGUUGUUAAGGUUCAUUAUUUUAAAUUUAGUUUGGAUGCUGUUAUCCAUGACAAAUAUAUUUACUUUUACAAAAUUUAAAAUUUCUAAGAAAAUGUGUGUGGCAUAUUUUACUGUCUGAGGUUCUAAAACUUUGUUCCAAUAGACACCAUAUACGGUAUAUUUCUAUGGGUGCUGAAUUUUUAUCACUGAUAUGCUCCUCUCCCUCAAAACUGAUAAAUGGUGUAGUCUAAGUGUUCAUGUUUUACAUGAAAAUUACUUUUUUUACCAUAACUUUGUUUUCUAUUAAUAUUUUUCUUUGUUUUAAGGGUCCAAACUUUGAAUUUGCCACUGAAACUCAUCAGGAGCUGCUUUACAACAAAGAAAAACUUCUUAACAAUGGUGACAGAUGGGAGGCUGAAAUAGCUGGGAAUCUUCAGGCAGAUUUUCUUUACAGAUGA